AAUAUCUUUGUAUUGCAGAGAAAGAAAUCGAUGGCACUGAUUUUAGGAAUUGGUAUCGGAUUAUUUAUUUUGAUUUUAAUGUGGACUCUUACAAUCGCUAGCUGUAUAAUAGUAGCCAAGACCAAAGGAUUCGGUUAUAUUGCAACCUCUGCUUUUGUCGCUUCUUCUUUUGUAACCACAUUGCUGAUCUGGAUUCCUCGAGAACCACCCACGUACGAUUCAAGAUCGGAUAUUCGAAUAUAUGAUUCUUUGUUUAUAUGGAGAAUUAUUUUGAUCAUCAUAAUGACUCUUUCUUGUGUUUUUGCAUUUUCUAAUGUACUUUCAUAUUUAAUGGAGCCAAUUUUUGCCAAACGUAUUAAAGGAUCUGACAAAUGGACUUCAAAUAACAACUGAAAAUUAUUGUAGUGAAAAUAAUGAAUGUAUUUUAUUAUGUUGUAAAUAGCUUUGAAUAAAAUUAAUUUGUGUAA